AUGGUCGAUCAGUGUCGUGCUGACCACAUGACGCCACUGGAAGUUACCUUUGUUCGACCCGACUUGGCACUAAGAAUAUGCCAAUUCCUUGAUGCUCCCGAUUUAAUAAAUGCCUGCAGUGCCAUUCAGCCUUGGAGGUGGAUACUCACAACUCGGCAGUCCUAUGAUAUAAUGGUUAAGUACAUCAGUCAAAAGAAGUGGCUUGACAAGCAGCUUAGUUAUUUGCUUUUCUCAAAAUGCGCAAAAUCAGCUUGGAAAAGUGCUGCUCUGGCUGUUCUAUACUACCAUGAGAAUAAAAAACCAAUCUAUGAAUGGCUACAUUCUCCCGAUGACGUCUAUACCUUCACCAGCACGCGUUGCUGCCUCGUACCUCACUUAGACACGCUGCGGAAUAAUGGUGAUGUUGGCAGGCUAAAACGAUUCCGAGCAAUUUAUUUUACGGUUCUCGAAGACUACUCACUCAGGGAUACUUCGCUUGCCAUUGAUUUCAUCGAAACACAAGAUUUAAACUUUACUACUCUUGCUACUGGAAUGGAUGGAAGAAUACGCUACACAACAAUUCCAACACAUUUGUUCUGUAACAGCCUCCGGAGGUACCACUAUUUUAUAUACGUGACGGAACUCGGUGCCACUUUCAACGAUGAUCUUAUUGACCUCUUGGGCUGUAUUUUACCGCAUCAAGUAUUAAUCAUAGCAGUCUUGCUAGACAGGCUUGGCAGCACCUUUGAUGAAAUGAACGCUCUUUCAAAACUUGCUGAAAGUUUUGGACGCUAUGACGAAUCUCCGCUGAGCACCACGUCUGUAAAUUGGCGAAUUUUGCUGGUUAGGUGCAUCUCUUAUGUAUACCUCAAUGUGGAUGAGCUGUUACAAUUAGCCGAUUGUGACACUGAAAGUUCGGAUUUUUCGGAUGACUACAGUUCUGACGAAAUAAUCCUACGAGCAUCCGACUAG